AAAAGCAAAUGAUAAAAUAAUAAUCAGUCCAAGAAGACAAACUAUCAUAUUAGAUUCACAACACAAUGAUUUUGACAUUGAAACAUUAGCUAGAAAUAUGUCAAUGGAAAUUAAUAAUGACACAAAUUCUUAG